CAUGACCAACGGUGUCAAUCAUGAGAACGAUGAGAAUGAGAGUUUAUUUUCACAUCGCUGAGGUGGAAAACCGAAAACGAAUACGAAACCUUCCUGGCACCAUCAAUUUAAUUUUCCACCAAGACUCCUGCAGCAGGUGGCGCUCUUAAUGGUUGCGGGUUGUUGUCGUUGGUGCUGAUAAUAGUAUACUUCCAUUAGCUUUAUUAGCUCCUGCAUCGAGUUCGAGGGGCGAAGUAGAGAUAGCGUGGUUACAUGUACCUAAUAACAGACUACCUAGGAUAAGGAUUUCAAGCAGUGUAGUGUUUGACUUGCUUCGCUGUCAGAAGCCAGGGAGUGAGAACAAGUGUAGCAAAGGAAUGACCUUGACGAUUGUUUUCUUGGUUGCUUUCUUUCCCUGUGCUAGGAGCAGUAUUCAAAUAUAGAAAAUCAAGAAAUGUCAGCGACUUCCAGCUGCAGCUGCAGGUUAACACGCUUUGGUCUGUCCUUCACGACAAAGCUGAGUUUUGCGUGCUGGUGGUCGAGAUGAGGGCUUCUGAUAGCAUUGCGUGAUCCACAUUAGACAUACGCAUGCGCGAACGUCGGAGAUCAUGGUAACAGCAACGAGCGGCUCGUCUUCUAGCGCUGCGAUUUUAGCCGCUCCCUCCCCUCCGGGGGGAGCCGCGCUUGCCGUACUGUUUCGCGUCCUGCCUCCCAGCCUCGCCCAGGUAGCGGUGUCCGUUUUCCUACGAUUAAGCACCCUUUCUCCCUCGACACGUAAAGCGAAGCUGCUUCUCGCAGCGCUGCUCAUCUCCACUUCCGCUGCGGUUGUUUCGUUUCUGAAGAGCGGCGGCUUUCUGCCUGCAAACACCUCGAGUAGCCAAGCCUGGGUGCAAACCCGGACGGCGGUGCGCAACUUACUGCUGCGCUGGCUCGGGUUCCCGGAGCUGCUCGAUGCGCGCCUCGAGUAUCGGAACCAGGUAGACUUCAAUCGAAUGCAGGCCUGUUUGCUUUCUACGGAGCAUUUGGAAAUCGGGCGGGUGGAAAAACGGACAUUGUUUGUCCGCCGCCUCGACGAUUUGUUUCCAAACCAGUAUAUCCGGGCGAAGAUCAUGAAAGCAGCCCUAGAGGUAAUAUGUCUGUAGUCUCUGUGCCGUCGUGAUUUUUAUUUUUUUUAUUUAGUUUUAGAGUGAACGUGGAGCAUCGUCCACAUUUAUCGAUACGCAUGAGUACGCAAACGCAUUUAUACAACCCGAAGGGUCCUCGUGUUUGAAUUUGAAGGAGCAACCACACUGAUCAUUGAUGAACCUAGUGCGUCGACAGUCCGGAUGAGGAGGUAGUGCUUCCGGUGAAGAUGAGUGUGAAAGACAAGUGGCAAGUGUUGAACCAGUGCACAAACUCCUUGUCGGAACUCUUUUCACCUGCCCACAUCUUCUUCAACGAGGCCAGGCAAAACGAAUCCUUUUACAGGAGCGCAUGGUACACGAUUACUCUUCUUUAUCUUCGUGCUUUUGUUGUGCUAGGGAUCAUGGAGUCUGUUUGAUCUCCGGCUAGCACAUGUCUACUGUUCAGAUUUGUUUCUGUUUGACUCGUUCGCGCCACCGACCAUGCCUGUAAUGUUAGAAGGUAUCCACAUGUUACUUACCGAAAAACCGGGACUUGUAUUCAGGUAUGUCUUCACAAUAACGUGCACUCGAAAUCAAGCUGGAGGGCGGUUUUUUGUCACUCCUUCCAAGCCGGUGAAUAGCGAGGCGGAUGUGGGUCAACUGUGCCUGCGCAUCGUCUGCGUUUCGGAGUCCGAGCUACGCAAAAUUGCAAGCGGGGAAACGGUAUCAAAUGUAAAAAUGUCUGGGUCUGGAAACUUGUGAUGCUGGGCGGCGUCUCAUGAUGAGGCUACACAUGCUGGCUCAGCAUGACAAGUUUCUGAGCUCCUAGGUGUUGCCUGUUCUGCAUGACAAACUGCGCUUCUGCAUCACAGAAAAACGGAGCUCUUGGGUAGCGUGCGUGACAGAUUUAAGAGUCAUGCGAGACAAGCAUGACAAACAUGAAUUCUUCCAGACCCAGACAUUUUUACAGUUGAUAAACGGAAGAGCCUGCAAACGGCUUCUUUAACGAAAGACACGCUGGAAGAUGGCGGGUUCUCAUAUCAAAUGCAAAUAUGUUUGUGUCUGGAAGAAUCCGAACUUGUGAUGCGUGUUUCGGAUCCUACAAAGAUCUGUGAUGCAUAAACGUGCAAAAGGUGCCCACUUCUGGCCAUGCUGAGAGGGCAUUUCUCAUGCAGAAUACGCAUCACCAAGGAGCUGCAGAACCUGUGAUGCUAGGCCCUGCAUUCCAGACGUGGGGGAGCUUGGAAAAACUGCAUGACAAAUCUCGGAGUCUCCCAGACCCAGACAUUUUUGCAUUUGAUAUCUCAUGCGAAUCGCCAACCUGUUCGUUCGGCAGGUAUUUAACUUUACGCCGAAGUUUCUUGUUCUUCGUCUUUUGCCGGAAACCUUUGUGGUCCAUUGUCUUCUGUAUCUGUAUUGACAACAUCAAGAAUCUGUCUAUUUUGUUUGAGUUUUAUGGGUUUGUAAAGAAGUGCAGCAGUGAGUUUGACGAGUUUAUUUCCUAGUUAGGGCGCAUUCGAAGGUCGAUCCUGUUUCUAUGUACUUAUGGCCGUGGUACAUUUGAUUUUUCUUCUACCAGCUCGAGAACGUCGCUGGGCAUGCGUUUGACGGGCGCACCACCGACUGGGGCGCAAACUUGUGUGGACGGCUCGGGGCUACCGCGUUGGAGCGACGAAAACUGCGCAUGAGUGAACUUGGUCCCAACUCGUCCGCGUUUUCUAGUCUCCUGAUGGACGGACCGCAACCUUUGGCCGGCGGUCCGAGGCAGAUGGGAAGCAACGUCGGACAGCAACUGUUUCUGGGGGCGCCGAGCGCUUCCGCCGCCAGCAAUGCAGGUGACGAAAACGACCAAAUCUACUCACCGGAGGAUAACUGCUUCCUGCGAAUCCACAUCCCAUUCCCCGGCGGUUCUGCCAUCACCGUCAAGGAUCGCGAGCGAAGAUGCCAAGACGUCGUGCUGUAUUCCUAGACGAGGUUUCGUAUUCUGCCCUGGAGGACAAUCUGCGUUGAGUACGACGUGAGUCUUCGACUGUUUUUGCCGAGCUAUCUUCCCGACUGCUGCGCCAGCUGUGUUCAGGGCAGAUUUACGUGCACCAGUGCAACAUCACCAAGAGUGUCAGUGACUAAUGUCGUCCAGGGUGUGGAGCAGGAGGAACCGACUCGAGAGUUGCGAGGUGGAGCAGCCUUGUCGUGCAAAGAUUCCCAGCCGCGGGAACGGUGACAGCGAGGCGACGGGAAGCACUAGAAGUUACUUUCCUGUUUUGACGUUUUGAAGGUUCUUCGUUUAUGCCGCCUCCAGCAUCAUGUACCAUCCGGGGGAACGCGUAAACAGAAUAAACAGCACAUAUGCGAUUUUCUGCUCAACGGAGUGCGAUACCAACGUCCAACAUUUCAGAGGACGCUCGUCGGAAGUAAAAAGUUGCUGCAAACCUAUCGUACAGGCAGGGAAGCAAAAGCAAAACCUAAACCAUGAAGCCUAAGUAACAGCACUGUUGUCAAUACGCUAUUCGGAGCGCAUCUUGCAAUCGCUAUAAAUACAACAGUGACGCACGAAUGGAAAUGAAAACAUAAAAACUGAUGCUCAUACAAAUGGUGAUAGUGGAGGUAUCCACAGAUAAGGCAAAACUACUGUUUAUCACGCAAGAGCAGGCCGUUCUGGCUGGAACGUGAUGAAAUCACAAACCGUGGCUCACAUCAAUGCAGAUAUGCGUCGGUUCUCCAAACGCAAACACAAACUACCCUGAUUUCCCCAAACUAGAAGUACCGAAUAUUGAUGACCUUGAACGCUCGCCUUAAGUCUAUGUGUAUCAAUGGCCAUGCCAGAAACGAUAGCAAGGAUAAACAGAAAGAUGAAAAAAAAAGUGAAG